UGGUUCUUCCUUUUCUAUCGCCACACACAGUUUUCUUUCGGACCAGAUAUAGUGCAAAAUUCUUAGUUUUUUUUGUUUACUUUUAAAAUAAGGUGAAUUCCGCUCACUGGCGAAUAGAAAAAAAGUAAGACAUUUCAUUUGGCGUCAUCAUCCAGCGCUUAUCGCCGUUUCUGGAAGGAGCAAAAUGGGAACCAAACAAGGAUGAGCUACAUGUAUGGCGCGGAGGAGGUAGAUCACUUCAGGAAAAUUGCUACCUCGCAAAGGAAAAUACCAAAGAUCAUGGCACUCAACGGUUUCCUGGAGUUCUUCCAGCGGGAAAAGACAUUUCGUCCCAAGAAGAGAUUCACUCAAGGAACGAUCCGUUAUUCACUACACAAGCAGGCCCACGCUAGUCUGCAGUCCGGUAUAAAUUUGAGAGAUGUAGUAAGGCUGCCUCCCGGAGAAAAUAUGAACGAUUGGCUUGCGGUGCAUGUAGUAGACUUUUUUAAUCGAAUCAAUCUCAUCUAUGGUACCAUUUCUGAGUACUGCAAUGAGACUACCUGCCCUACCAUGAGCGGAGGCUCCAAAUACGAGUAUCUAUGGGCAGAUGGGGAGCUAUUUAAAAAACCAACGCAGUUCCCUGCCCCUCGAUACGUUGAACACCUGAUGGAUUGGGUGGAGAAUCAAAUUAACAACGAAGCGCUCUUCCCCGUGUCGACCGAUGUGCCAUUUCCAAAGUCUUUCCCGACUCUGUGCAAGAAGAUUCUGGCUAGAUUGUUUCGCGUCUUUGUGCAUGUCUAUAUACAUCACUUCGAUCGAAUCGUCAGUAUUGGAGCGGAAGCUCACGUUAAUACGUGCUACAAGCAUUUUUACUACUUUAUUCAGGAAUUCGAUUUGAUGUCCGUGAAGGAGCUGGAACCGCUAGCCGUGAUGACUGCUCAGAUGUGCAAAGACUAAUUCGGAAUUACAAUUAGGUUAACGUGAUUAUACUACAACAAAAGUGUACACAAAAUUGUAAAUUAGCAAUUUGAUCGAUAGUGAUUUUGUAAAUCAGGUUGUUGAAAAUCUUCAAUGCAUAAUAAAGGAUAGGUUGGAUGAAUAA